GCACAGAAAUACCGAUAACGAAUAAAGAUACUCCACACCAUGGGAUAGACGAUAAAAAAAUCAUCCUCACUUUGCAAGAAAGUACGAAAGGAACCCAAUUUUUUUUUUAUUUUCUUUUUCCACUAUAAUACAUUAAUAGUCGUAAUUAAUAUACUACACAUGCCAAAUUUAUUAAUUCUGUAGCCAGUGCACAGUUGAACCUAUUAAGGUUACAUUGUGUUUCAUUACGGUUAGGUCUUAUUAUUUCAAUAUGUAAGUAUUUUGUAGAAUAAUAAACAAAUAAAUAAAAUAAUUAAAAAUAUAUUUUAGUAAAGCUUUUCUUACUUUUUUUAUUCUAAUAAAACUUGAAAAUUAAAGUAUUUAUUUUGUUUUGUUAUUUGCACAGAGAACCUACCUACUUUUACAUUAUAGUCUACUAGUUUCAAAAACCGCAAAGUCAAAAAUGAAACGAAAUGAGUUGUAUAAGUUAAAGUGAUAAAACAAUUCUAAAAGUCGUCAAUGUGGACAAUGCGGUUUUUGAAUUGCGAUUGGUGAAAAUAAUUGAAUUUGCCAAACUGCUAGAUUAAACUAAAAUACUAAAGUACCUACUAUAGUAUUUUAGUCGAGUACGAACAAAUUUUUGGAUUUACUAAAAUACUAAAGUAGUCUGUACGGCUUCUUAAGCCUAGUUCAGACAACUUUAGAAUUUUAGUCGAGUACGAACGAUUUUAGUCAAGUACGAGCGAUUUUUGGAUUUACCGUAAAUACUUACUAAAGUAGUCCGAAUAGUCAUUGACAGAAUAAAAAGUUUAAUUUGUUGUAUAUCACAUUGAAAUAAAGUUUCAGUUUUUGUGCAUACGUACGAAAACAGAACUACUAAAAAGAGACAAAUAAAUUAAAAUUACAAACCCAUUAGAAAUUAAAUAUUAAAUCGGAUAAUAAAUUGGUAAAAAAUGAGUUACCUAUUUGAUUUGGUUGCCUUGACAAUCGUCGGACACGUUUUCGAAUAUGAUUAUGUGCAUAGAUUUACGAUUCGAUACAAGUACCUACCUAACGUAUGCGUUUUAUUCCGACAGCCGCAGGUCAUUAUAAUACAGUAAACAGUUGUCGUCGACAGUGACAAAGAGUAAAUUGCAUAAACAAUGACUGCCCAAGACUAAUGCACCUUACCUUACAUUUGACGUUUGUGCACCUCCCUUUCAGUUCCUGCCCCGCGCGCACACUUUCACACCCGCGAAGACCUUCGUCUACCGUCGGAGUGUCAUCAACGAUCUUGAAGCGUGGAAGACUAACGCCCGAAAUUAAUAAUGUAUCUCCAAUCUAAUAUUUAAAUCAAUCUUAGAUUGUUGCCAAUUGCCCGAUCGAUCUCUAAUCUUCGUGCCAAUAUUAAAACUCUGCAAUUUUUCUGACGGAUCGCAAGCGAUCUUUUCCAAAUCCAUUUUAUUAUCAAAUACGUACAAACACACUACAUGAAGAACGCACUACUGAAAAUGGAACGGAACGUUUUUGACAACUUGAACUGACGUUUUUGUAGUUUGAGUACAGAAGUUCGUUUUGUUAUUGUGUCAAAUUAUUUUUAACCGACUUCAAAAAGGAGGAGGUUCUCAAUUCGGUCGGUAUUUUUUUUAUUUUUUUUUUGUGUCCGAAAAACCCAAAUAUCUAACGGAACCCUAUUUUUUUCCAAAAUAAAAUUUAGCCUAUGUUACUUGUGGAUAAUGUAGCUUUCGAACGGUGAAAGAAUUUUUAAAAUCGGUCCAGUAGUUUUUGAGCCUAUUCAUUACAAACAAACAAACAAACAAAGUUUUCCUCUUUAUAAUAUUAGUAUAGAUUAGAUCAUAGAUUUUUGAUCUUUGCCAGAGGGGUAACGGUUAGCGAACCGCGUCCAGUUAUUAAUGGUCUAAGUACAGAGGCCAUCUCUAAUCCGUGAUCCGUCCUCCCAAUGAUAGAUUGAUUUUUAAGAUUGCAAAUUCUUUCCGAGGAUAGCUUAUUGGCAUGCUUUAUAUAAGAAAUGGAUUGAUAUAUCAAUAUUAGAUGGGAAAAAACGGAUUAGGAUUGAUUAUUAAUUUCGGGCGUAAAAUGCAAACGAUCACUAGGAACGCAGAGCUGUAAAGUCAGUUAUUAAAAAUUAUAUUGUCAACGUCAACUGCAACUUUGUUUGCACUUACAUUGCACCUGCAGUUUGCACACAUUUAAAAAAAAACGUUACCUACCUACUUGUUUCCGUUUGCACUUUGCAGGUUAAGUACAAACACAUCAAAAAAAGUUAGAUCAAGAAAAUGCACAAAAAAAUAAUGAAUUACUUUUUAGUAUGAAGCAAAACCAAAAUUUGGAUAUGUAUUUUUCAUUUGGUCACAUGAUAAAUAAAACCCAAUCAGUGUAUGUACAGUUUUUUACUAAGGAAAAGAAAGAAGAUGACAGUUAUUCAGUAAAGUUAGAGAAAAUAUUUAAAAAUGAGUCUUCAUACUAUGUGUUGGAAAGCACAAAUCCAACACUGAAGAAUCUCAAACAGCUCAAAAGAAUGUUAGAAAGAAGUAAUCAUCUGGGAAAUAUAUUGUGUCGCAUAAGGGCUUCAUUCUACGCCCAUAAAUUUAGGAAUGCUCCCGCACCAGUGGGAUCACUGCAUCAUAAGUUGAAUUGUUUAAAACUUAAUACAACAGAGUAAAAGAUAAUAGGUGUUCUAAAAUAACAAUCCCAUUAUUAUUAUGUUUCAAGUUUUAAAUUAAGAUCAUAAACAACCUCAUAGUAUAGGAAAUGAAAUAUAUAAAGACUUCAAGCCAAAAAAUCUGAAGAUAUGAGCCAUUUCGAUGCACAAUGUGAACUGUUACUGUGAUCUAGUCGUAUUUAGGUAGGUGCAUGAAUAUUAAUUGUCUAUUUACAAUGCAUGCAAUAUUUGUAACUUUUUAUUUGUAAACCUAAGUUAAUUUCAUAC